GGCCAGACCUAUAGAAAGAAGAAGCACACUAAAUUGUAGUUGUAUAUUUUAGAGCUAGCAAAAUUGUGAAUUUUGGCCCACAGCAAGCAAAUUGUAAUGUCCAAUAGAGAAAAAACAAAUAGUGCGGUUGCAGAGUGUUAAAAGCGUGCGGAAAUCGAGGCGACAGUGAGUGAAUUAUGCCCACUUUGGCCAUCGUAGCAGCGGUCUCAUGCACUUUGGCGAAAGGAAACUUUGUAUGCCCAAUAAAAAGCGCACGCGCGCAUAAAAUGCACCAUUAAAACCCGAAAGUAAAGUUUUUCAUUGCAAACAGCUGGAGCAGCGAUUGCUGGACGUGGGACAGUAUUCAAUAAUUGCAUUGCCUGGCAACCAGAAUUGCUGGAAUCGGAACCGCACAACACUGAAGUUAUUAAACAUCUCACAGUGAGUCAGCCCUCAGCCAUGCGAGCCUCCAUUCCGCCCGGCAUUCGAGUCGUCCGUGGACCCAAUUGGAUUUGGUCGAAUCAAGACGACGGAGAAGGUCACGUUGGAACGGUUUGCGAAAUUGGUCGAUGUGGAUCAACGCACUCACCGGAAAAUACCGUUGUGGUCAACUGGGAUUCUGGCCACAGGACCAACUACCGAGUUGGCUAUCAGAAUCAGUACGACUUGAUUAUCGUGGAUAAUGCCCAAGUUGGUGUCCGUCACUCUAAUGUCGUUUGUGAUGGCUGCUCGAAAGCAGGAAUAGCUGGCAUAGUGUUCAAGUGUGCCCAGUGCCCCAAUUAUCACCUGUGCGCCUACUGCUACGCCGAGGACAUUCACGACCUGGAGCAUCCCUUUAUCCGCUACACCACGCCCAAUUCAUUGGGAGUCCGAGUACCGACGCGAAAAGGCUCUAAGCGUAUUCAGCUGCGCGGUAUCUUUGUUGGCUCCAAGGUGGUUCGUGGUCCCGACUGGGAGUGGAACGAACAAGACGGUGGCGAGGGCCGGACGGGGCGGGUUAUGGAAAUCCGUGGCUGGGACAACGAAUCGUGUCGCAGUGUAGCCAACGUCUCGUGGGUAACAGGGUCAACGAACGUCUACCGUUUGGGACACAAGGGCAACGUGGACCUCAAGUAUAUAUCAGCUACGUGCGGCGGCCACUACUACAAGGACCACAUGCCCGUCUUGGGACAGCCGGACGAGCUCCAGCCCGUGACACCCAUGGUGAAGCCUAGCUUUUCCGUGGGUGAUCGGGUCAAAGUGUGUCUGGAGGUCGAUGCACUAAUGAAGCUGCAGCAGGGGCACGGCGGAUGGAAUCCGCGUAUGGUAGAGCACUUGUCAAAAUUGGGCACAGUACACCGGAUCACAGACAAAGGGGACAUUCGUGUUCAGUACGAGAAUUGUCCCAAUCGAUGGACUUUCCAUCCGGCCGCCUUGGUCAAGGUUGUUUCUUUUCGUGUUGGCGAUUUGGUCACCAUCAUCAACGAUGCCAUCAAGGUGCAGCAACUGCAAAAAGGCCACGGCGAGUGGAUCGACAUUAUGCGCUAUGCUUUGGGAAAACUGUGUAAAGUUGUGAAAGUGUACUCCGAUGGCGAUCUUCGCAUACAACAGCUGGACGACGGCUUCGAGUGGACCCUGAACCCCAAGUGCGUCAAGUUGGAGCGUUCGCCCUUGGCCACAGCCGCCGAGCGUUCCAACAGCAUGAUGGACCUAAGUCAUCGAAGAGCCGACCAUGUAAUGACACCGCUCUCUGGUCUUUCUGGCAGUUCGGUGGCCGACAAACUGGUACGCGAAGCGGCCCAAGGCCAUCUGGACUUUGUGCGUCAGCAUCUGGAUGCAAAUCCCAGCCAGGUGGAUGUGAUGAGCGGCGGCAAGGCGUGUAUUCAGGUCGCCUCCCACCAAGGCCACGUGGAACUGGUCAGCUAUCUCAUCUCGAAGGGAGCCAACGUGAAUGCUGUGGACAAGGAGGGCGACUCAGCACUCCAUUACGCCGCUUUUGGCAACCAGCCGGCCACGAUGCGUGUGCUCCUCCAGCACGGGGCCGAAGUGAACUUCCUCAACUCGAGCCACUGCUCCGCUCUGCACAUCUGCGCGCACAAGAAAACGCCUCACUGUGUGCGUGAGCUGCUACAGCACAAUGCCAACGUUAAUAUUCAGGACUCCUAUGGCGACACUGCUCUCCACGAUGCCAUCGGCAAGGAGAACACCGAGGUGGUGGAGCUUCUCUGCAACGCUCCCAAUCUGGACUUUACGGUGAAGAACAACCGUGGCUUCAACGUGCUUCAUCACGCUGCGCUGAAGGGCAACGUAGUGGCCGCCCGUCGAAUCCUGCAGCUCUCUCGCCAGCUGGUCAACGUACGCAAGGACGACGGCUUUGCCGCUCUGCACUUGGCCGCCCUCAACGGACACGCUCAGGUGGUCGAGACCCUGGUCACCGAGGGUCAGGCGGAGCUGGACAUUCGUAACAACCGCCGGCAGACACCAUUUUUGCUGGCCGUUUCUCAGGGCCACGCCGGUGUGAUCGAGCGUCUGGUCCGGCUCUCUUGCGACGUCAACGCCAAGGACGAGGACGGAGAUAAUGCCAUGCACUUGUGCGUCAUUAAGAAGUCAAAUCUUCAGGCGGCCGCCGAACCACAACAGGAGGAGGCGCCAGAGAUAUAUAAGUUCUACCAGACCCUGGUGCCAACGAGCGUUCGAGCAGAAGAUCGAUUAAUGUACAGCAUCUUGAUCUAUCUGUCGCGAUCCGGUUGUCGGGUGGAGCUGAACAACGCCAAUGCUAGCAUUUUUGAAUCGAUCACUGACCGCAACAUCCGUCAGUUAAUCUUCGGCCAGCAGGCGGAUGCAGAAGCUCUUCCGCGCAACCUCCAGACCCUGGAUAUGUCGGAAGCUGCUGCCGUCGAAGAAGUGCCAACAGAAUCCAAUGGUGCGGCCCCGGUGCCGCCACAGCGCCAACAAUUAGAUUUGAUGCCAAAGCCCAACGACACGACGGCAGCAUCGGGAGCUGCACCAUCAACGCCCUCAGCUUCGCCGGGCGUGAAAAAACUUAACUCGGACGCAGUCCAGCAGAACGUCUCGCCGCAAGUGGCACCGCGCAAAAAGGCACCCAAACCACCAACCAGCUCAACUGUGGUGGAGCCCAGUGUUGCAGGAGCUGCAUCCAGUUCCAAUCCAACUUCUGUCAUUGUGACGGGACCACAAGAGUGCAUCGUAUGCAACGAGGUGCUGCAACUGGUGCGCUUCGAGCCGUGUCAACAUCAGAUCGCCUGUGAGGAAUGCGGCAUUCGGAUGAAGAAGUGUCUGCGCUGCGGAGUGAUCAUCGAGCGGCGCUUGACCCCCAGUGGAAGGGUUGUGUCUUUGCCUACGUCCACGUCUUCGCCGAGUGAUCCCACCCGAGUGGCAUCGGGAGACCUGUUGCGGUACCUUGAGAACAAGGUGCAAGAAUUCGAAGAGUCGCACUUCUGUGGCAUCUGCAUGGAACGGAAACGAGACGUGGCCUUCCUCUGCGGUCAUGGUGCGUGCUCCCACUGCGCCGAGACCCUGCGCACAUGCCACAUGUGUCGGAAGACGAUACUCAAGAAAAUCAACCUGUACUGAGAAGGAAGAUGGAAACUCCGAAACGGAACAGCUAUCCAACCAGCAACCAAAGUGGCUUGUAUAUAAAUACAUUAAAAACGAAAUCACAACACACCCACACAUUUGCCGUGUCAUGUACGACUCGAAACUAAUUAUUUAUUGAACACCGACGAAUUUUACGCGAUGUUUUUUUUUUUUUGAACGGCUUAUGAGCGGCAUUAUAUACAUACAAAAAUAAAAAAAAUUAUUGUGCACCCUUCACGUAUCUAGUUAUUAGCCUCGUUCAACCAUCUCUGGCAACGAUAAAGAGAAAAUAGGAAAACAACUAAUAUCGAAGAGAUAUUUAAUAGUCUUAUUAAAUUGCAAAAUAUACAAAUUUAAAAUAAUUAAAAA